UACGAUAGCCGUGACAGCCGGGACUAUGACAGAGAUUACGAUAGCCGCGAUUACGAUAGCCCUGAGAGGGAGCGAGAGCGCAGGAACAGUGACAAAUCUGAAGAUGGAUACCAUUCCGAUGGAGACUAUGGAGAGCACGACUACAGGAAUGACAUUAACGAUGAGAAAGAAAGCAAAACCAUCAUGUUACGUGGCCUUCCCAUCACGGUUACAGAGAACGAUAUUCGCGAGCUUAUUGAGUCCUUUGAAGGUCCUCAGCCUGCAGACGUGAGGCUGAUGAAAAGAAAGACAGGUGUAAGCCGUGGUUUCGCCUUCGUGGAGUUUUAUCACUUUCAAGAUGCUACCAGCUGGAUGGAAGCCAAUCAGAAAAAGCUGGUGAUUCAAGGGAAGCAGAUUGCGAUGCACUACAGCAACCCCAGGCCUAAGUUUGAAGACUGGCUUUGCAACAAGUGCUGCCUUUACAACUUCAGAAGGAGACUAAAAUGCUUCCGCUGUGGAGCAGACAAAUUUGAUUCAGAACAGGAGGUCCCACCUGGAGCAGCAGAAGCCGUUCAGUCCGUGGAUUAUUACUGUGAUACCAUCAUUCUCCGAAACAUUGCUCCUCACACAGUAGUGGAAUCCAUUAUGACUGCCUUAUCUCCGUAUGCUUCUCUGGCAGUCAAUAAUAUUCGUCUUAUCAAAGACAAGCAGACUCAGCAGAAUAGAGGCUUUGCGUUUGUACAGCUGUCCUCUGCCAUGGAUGCUUCACAACUGUUGCAGAUUUUACAGAGUCUUCAGCCACCAUUAAAAAUUGAUGGCAAAACAAUUGGUGUUGACUUUGCAAAGAGUGCCAGAAAAGACUUGCUUCUCCCAGACGGUAACAGAGUCAGCGCCUUCUCUGUGGCAAGUACAGCCAUUGCUGCAGCUCAGUGGUCAUCCACUCAGCCACAGACUGGAGAGGGCAGCACCCUUGACUACAGCUACCUCCAGUCAGGACAGGAUGGCUACACGCAGUACGCUCAGUACUCCCAGGAUUAUCAGCAGUACUACCAAAAUCAAGGAGGAGUGUUGGACACAGACCAGCUACCAUAUCAGGAGCUCCGGUGACCACCACCACAGCUGCAGUUGUGUCCCAGAGUCCUCAGUUGUAUAACCAACAGACAAACUCGCCUGACUCUCCG